GAAAAGGAGACGCUGGAAGUAGAAAUACGACACCUCAAUAACAGGAUCUUCCGCUACUACUGCACCAGUCACGUGGAUCCCGAGUCCAUUUUUACGCCAGCCACACGUGACGCCUGCUGCCAAAAACCCACCAACCACUCCACGGUGGCCUUCGAGGCGAUCACCUCGCCGUUCGCCUUGUGCUGUCACGCCGAAUCUGGCACUAACUGCGGACGUCACCACAACGACCUCUUCACUGUCUACCACAGCGUGACUGCGCCCGCAGACCACAGUCUAAGGCACUGUUCUCACCUCACCUGUUGCCUCACACAGCUGGGUCGGCUGGUCCACGACCCCAGGGCUGCUGUGGGCCAGUUUGGGAGCUGCCAUUUCUUCCACACAAUCGCCUGCAUCCUCCACUUCCUUAGCAUCUCCAUUCUCUGCAUCUUUGUUAUUCAGCUGGUUCUGAAAGUAGUCUGCAUGGGACGAGCCUUCUUCAAGCUGAAAUUCGAGAUUGUCGACGGUAUAAUCAUCAUCGUGUCGCUCAUCGCCGACGCAAUCUUUGUAUAUAUUGCCUCAGACGAAAUCACUCUCAUCAUUGUCUUCCUCAUUUGGCGAAUAGUUCGCGUAGUUAACAGCCUUUUAAUGCACGAGAAACAACGGAACGAAUUCCGCAUUCAGCUGCAGAAGAGGGCUCGAAGGAUCUCCGAGCUUAAGGUUGAGGCUCUCAAUGCAAGAACGAUAAUCCUCGAGAAGCACAUCGAAAGUCUGGAGAGCCUAUGUGUGGAACUGGGUGUGCCUCGAGAGCAGCUGCUCUUCUGUCGACCAUCACGUGCGUGCAUUCUGUAA